AUGGCAGGCAGGCCUGCUUACAGACACCAGUCCGGGAACGACGACCUCCUGGAACUGGCCGACGGACGAGGAAACCCAUUACAAAAUCCCGGCCAGAGACCUCCCGUCUCCGACGAUCACAUCCUUCACGAUUACGACAUCAUCAGUUCGCCCGGCCCGCGCAUCAGCAUAAGUCAUGACAAUUUUUUCAAAUUCGGUCUGCCGGGGUUCCGCAGCAAACCCGACCCGUCCACCCUCGGUCCUCGAAUCAUCCAUCUGAACAACCCGCCGGCGAACGCGGCGAACAAAUACGUGGACAACCACGUGUCGACGACGAAGUACAACAUCGCGACGCUGAUCCCCAAAUUCUUCUACGAACAGUUCAGCAAGUAUGCCAACUUGUUCUUCUUGUUCACCGCCAUUCUCCAGCAGAUCCCCAACAUCAGCCCGACGAACCGAUUCACCACCAUCGUCCCCUUGGGCAUCGUCCUCCUCGUCUCGUUGGGGAAGGAAAUCGUAGAGGACAAUCGGAGGAGGAGUCAAGACAAGGAGCUCAAUCGAAGUCCUGCCAAAGUCCUGCGAGGGACAUCGUUCCAGACUGUGAAGUGGAUCGAUAUCAAGGUCGGUGACAUUGUGCGCGUGGAGUCGGAGGAGUCAUUCCCGACCGACCUGGUGCUCCUGGCUUCAUCCGAACCGGAGGGUCUGUGCUACAUCGAAACCGCCAACCUCGAUGGAGAGACCAACCUCAAAAUCAAGCAGGCCAUCCCUGAAACAUCACAUCUGGUCUCCUCUGCGGAAUUGUCUCGGUUGGGUGGACGGGUGCGGAGUGAACAGCCAAACAGCAGCCUCUACACGUAUGAGGCUACAUUGACCAUGCAAAGCGGAGGCGGCGAGAAGGAACUGCCGCUGACACCGGAUCAAUUGCUCCUGCGCGGCGCCACGUUGCGCAACACGCCUUGGAUCCACGGCGUGGUCGUCUUCACCGGACACGAGACGAAGCUCAUGCGGAAUGCCACGGCGACGCCGAUCAAGCGGACGGAUGUCGAACGUCGGGUCAACAUGCAGAUCCUCAUGCUGGGAGGUGUCCUCGUCACCCUCGCCAUCAUCUCAUCCGUCGGUCAGCUGAUCUUGCGGACUACUUCCGGUGACCGGCUGUGGUAUCUCAGACUGGCUCAGGUCAACCCGGCGCAACAGUUCUUCUCCGAUGUCUUCACGUACUGGAUUCUGUAUUCCAACCUGGUGCCGAUCUCGCUGUUCGUCACCGUUGAGAUCAUCAAAUACUAUCAGGCCUGGCUCAUCGGCAGCGACUUGGAUAUCUACUACCCCGAGAACGAUACUCCUGCGAAUUGCAGGACCAGUUCCUUAGUGGAAGAGCUCGGCCAAGUCGAAUACAUCUUUUCCGACAAGACCGGCACGUUGACCUGCAACAUGAUGGAAUUCCGUCAGUGUAGCAUCGGCGGCGUACAGUACGCGGACGACGUCCCGGAAGACCGUCGCGUGGCCGAUGGCGAGGACGGCACCAACGGCAUCUACGAUUUCAAAGCGCUCGAGAGACAUCGACGGGAUCCCGAGGCCGCCGAGAACAUCCAUGAGUUUCUGGCCUUGUUGUCCACUUGUCAUACCGUCAUCCCCGAGAUCAAACCCGAGAAGCCGGACUUCAUCAAGUAUCAAGCGGCCUCCCCCGAUGAAGGUGCGUUGGUCGAGGGGGCGGUGCAGCUCGGCUACAAGUUCCGGGCGCGCAAGCCCAAAGCCGUCAUCAUCGAAGUUGACGGGAACGAUCUCGAGUACGAACUGCUGGCCGUCUGUGAAUUCAACUCGACCCGGAAGCGCAUGAGCUGUAUCUAUCGUUGCCCCGAUGGCAAGAUCCGUUGCUACACCAAAGGCGCCGAUACCGUCAUCCUCGAACGUCUCGCCGUGCGGGAUGAAAUGGUCGAAAAGACUCUGCUUCAUCUGGAAGAAUAUGCCGUCGAAGGUCUCCGGACUUUGUGUCUCGCGUAUCGUGAGAUCCCCGAGGCCGAGUUCCGCGAGUGGCAGCAGGUGUACAGCGUCGCGCAGACCACCGUCAGCGGCAACCGCGCGGAAGAACUGGACAAGGCGGCGGAGAUCAUCGAGCAUGACUUCACCCUCCUGGGCGCGACCGCCAUCGAGGAUAAACUGCAGGACGGCGUCCCGGAGACGAUCCACACCCUGCAGACCGCCGGCAUCAAAGUGUGGGUUCUGACGGGCGAUCGACAGGAGACGGCCAUCAACAUCGGCAUGUCCUGCAAGUUGAUCAGCGAGGAGAUGACCCUCCUCAUCGUGAACGAAGAAUCCGCCGAAGCGACCCGGGCCAACCUCCAGAAGAAGCUCGACGCCAUUAGCUCGCAACGCGCCGGCAACGCCGAACUGGAGACCCUCGCGCUGGUCAUCGACGGCAAAAGCCUGACCUACGCGCUCGAAAAGGACCUCGAGAAGAUGCUCCUCGACCUCGCCAUCAUGUGCAAGGCCGUCAUCUGCUGCCGCGUCUCCCCCCUGCAGAAGGCGCUCGUGGUCAAACUCGUCAAGCGCCACCUCAAGAGCAUCCUGCUCGCCAUCGGCGACGGCGCCAACGACGUCUCCAUGAUCCAGGCCGCCCACAUCGGCGUCGGAAUCUCCGGCAUGGAGGGCCUCCAAGCCGCGCGCUCCGCCGACGUGUCCAUCGCCCAAUUCCGCUUCCUCCGCAAACUGCUCCUCGUCCACGGCGCCUGGUCCUACCAGCGCAUCAGCAAGGUGAUCCUGUUCUUCUACUACAAGAACACCGCGCUCUUCAUCACGCAGUUCUGGUACUCGUUCCAGAACGCCUUCUCGGGCGAGGUCAUCUACGAGUCCUGGACGCUGUCCUUCUUCAACGUCAUCUUCACCGCCAUGCCGCCCUUCGUCCUGGGCAUCUUCGACCAGUUCGUCAACGCCCGCCUGCUCGACCGCUACCCGCAGCUGUACCAGCUCAGCCAGAAGGGCGUCUUCUUCCGCACCCACAACUUCUGGUCCUGGGUCGGCAACGGCUUCUACCACUCCCUCAUCCUGUACGGCGUGAGCGUGCUCCUCUGGCGCCGCGACGGCGUCCUCCCCGACGGCACCGUCGCCGGCCACUGGGUCUGGGGCACGGCGCUGUACACGGCGGCGCUGGUCACCGUGCUCGGCAAGGCCGCGCUGAUGACCAACAUCUGGACCAAGUACACCGUCAUCGCCAUCCCCGGCAGCCUGCUCAUCUGGUUCAUCUUCCUGCCCGUCUACGCCACCGUCGCCCCCAUGCUGCACUUCUCCACCGAAUACAAGAACCUCCUCCCGGUCCUGCUCGCCGCCCCGAACUUCUGGCUCAUGUCCCUCGCCGUCCUCCCCGCCAUGUGUCUGAUCCGCGACUUCGCCUGGAAGUACGCCAAGCGCAUGUAUUACCCGCAGGCCUACCACCACGUGCAGGAGAUCCAGAAGUACAACAUCCAGGACUACCGGCCGCGCAUGGAGCAGUUCCAAAAGGCCAUCCGCAAGGUCCGCCAAGUCCAGCGCAUGCGCAAACAGCGCGGCUACGCCUUCUCCCAGACCGACGAGUCCCAGGCCCGCGUCCUGCAGGCUUACGAUACCACUCGCGAACGCGGACGUUUUGGGGAGAUGGCGAGCGGUCGGAGGGAUUGAUGGAUGGGGAUUGUGGGAAGGGAGGGGGAGAAGGGAGAAGGAAGGAGAGAAACGAUGGAGGAUGGGGAUUUUCUGUACGAUUGCUUGCGGAGGCGGAAGUCAAGGGGAGGAUUCAGGGGAAGAGGCAAGAGAGAGGAAGGGAUGAAUGUAGGGGUAUGUCUUUUUAAAGUGUUUGACUGUGUGUGAGCGUUCCGUCCGUUUGAAAUCAAGGCGUUCUUUCUCUUGUGCUGGUUCUUAUGGUGGUUGUUCUCGUGGUGGUGGUGGUGGGAAUUGAUUUCCUCAUCUAGCUCUGCUUAUCCCCAAAAUGCCAAAAAUCGAGAGAGAGAGAAAGAAAGAG